AUGGAUGCUCAUGCUGACGCAAACAAGACGUUGCUGGAAACGCUCACCAGCGAACUCAACCAUGAAAAAGAAAAUGCCGCAGAGGACCCCGCUGUUCCCGAGUUUAUCGAAGAGUUCCAAAAGAGCGGCAACUGGAGCAUUGAGCAGAAGCCAGGCCAUGACGAAGUCUUCCUUGUGAAGAAACACGGAAACGAGACGGUUCAAGUCUCGUUUGCUAUCUCUGAUAUUGACAAUAGCGAAAUGUUCGAAGAGGAUUUGUCAGAGGAAGAGGACGUAGAUACCGCGUUCCCGGUCCGUUGCUCCAUUACUGUCAGCAAGCCAUCCGGAGGCGCUCUCGCAUUUGAAGCUGUCGCCCAACACGGCAUGCUCCAAAUCGAAAACGUCGCCUAUUACCAGGACGGCAAGCUUGCUACCGAGCUGACGCCAGAGGCCGAAUUCAAGCGCCGUGGAACCUAUGCUGGUCCCAUGUUUGAUCAUCUCGACCAAAGUCUGCAAGAGGCCUUUGAAGAGUAUCUCAAGGCUAGGAAAGUUGAUAGUGACUUGGCAUUGUUCAUCCCAGAGUACGCUGCAUGGAAGGAGCAACAGGAGUAUGUCUCGUGGCUCGACGGCGUCAAAAACUUUGUCCAGGCCUAG